CAAGUUCGAAGCCUCAGACGCAUGUGUGAAAGACAGACGACAAUUCUCUGCUUCUCUGCGUCUCUCUGACGCCUGCUUUAUUUUAACACUCCGAGGAGAAAUCAGUUGUAUGAUCCCCGGUCUUCGUUACACGGUACUUCAUUGCUUGACUCACUACCUUGCAUAGCUAGGAACUUCUUGCACAACCUAGAAAUUUAUCACCCGCUCCGGCAAGCGAUGACGAGUAUCUUGAAACAGACGGCGUUGCUGCCUGAUCAAAUUGGCAAGCCUCAAAACCACAAGUGCAUAGCGCCAGGUUGCCCGAGCAUUGGAGAGCGCAGACGUGUGCGUUAUUUCCGUCUGCCUUCAGAUGAGCAAAGACGCAAUCAGUGGCUGGCAAACUGCAAUCGUCAGGACCUCAAGAGCCACUCUGAAAAGAGCCUGUACACCAAAGUGUUGUGCCAGCUUCAUUUCCACGACUCGCAGUUCAUGAAUGCACACACCUAUCAGCGUCUCAUCUGGAAUGCUGUUCCAACGUUGUUUGGCAAAGAUGUACGCAGGCUGGAAGACUUUGAGCCUAAUGAGGGAGCUGUGAGAGUGGACCAUGCAUACACUGCGCCAACACCAAGGUUACCACUACCAUCAUCCCCACUGUCAGCAUUACCACCAGCACCACUGGCACCAGCACCACCAUUGACUGAUUCGCUGCGCCACUAUGUAGCUCUCUGUGCUGAGCUUAAGAUCAAGCUGGCUGAGAAGGACAGGCAGCUGAAGGCCCUGGAGAAGUGCACUGAUGGCAUUGUGGAUAGUGUUAUUCGUCAAGUUAAGAUGUUGCCAUCUGAGAAACAGCAGCAGCUGGUCAGUGCUCUUGCACCUUUUGUGAACCUGAGCAAAGAUGAAGGCACAUCGAAAGAGCCAAAGGUCCGUGUGGAAGUCCUUUUGCUGAGCAGGAAACAUCCAGGCUGCACUCUGCUUGGCUUGCGCAGCAAGUGCUCCUGGGCGAGGGGUCUCUACAUGGUGCCUGGGGACUUCUUGCACUUUGGUGAAUCUUGGGAGGCAGCCGCCGUGCGUGCUACAAAGGAGGAGACUGGUCUCGUUGUUGUUGAACCAUGUGUCUGCUCAGUGGUGGAGAUGGUGCAAGCGUCUGAGGGAUACCACUGGAUUAACAUAUUUAUGGUGGGCAAGCUGGCUGAGCCAGCAGCCGAGCCUGCUGCACCCAAGGAUGCUGUAUGUACAGACUGUCCAGGACUAUCUGUGACCCUGCCUAUGCAAUGCUCAUUGGCUGAAAGCACUGCUUCAGACAGUCUGGGACUGCCAGGGAUGGGUAAUUGCAAGAGGCUCACCGAGAACCAGCGCGGUGGCUCCUUGGCAUUACCUCCAAGAUCAGGCACACUACAAAUCUCGUAGGCUUUGGUCCAAGAUUUGCAUCAUCUGUUUAGGUGCUAUUUAAAUGUUGUUAAGAAAAUUACACAAUUACGACCCUACAGCGUUGCCAAUAUUUUUUCGAUAGUACCUGUACACCACUCAUUUAAAGCCAAUUUAGCCAAACAGAAAUUUAAUUGAAGUUGGCCUACAAGAAUUCCCCGGGGCCUCUUUAGUCAACGUGACGUCGGCCGCUUCUGUUGUGCCACGGGCGCGAAAAAAAAAAAAAAAAAGUGUUCUUCCGCGCUUACGGACUUUUAUCAAAAUGGCCGCCUCUGCUGUUCGCCUCUACCCAUUAGUGUCGUCAGCGAGAUCGUGCUUUCUCAAGCUGACUAUAGUGCCGUUCAGUCAUAUCCAAAGGUGAAUUCCGUGAAAAGCCCAGUUUGUGUGUUGCGAGCAGUGUUUUCAACACACUCGGUAACGACGAUCACUCUGGCGUUUCGUCUUCUGGGUCACCGCUCAGCGCCGUCAGGAAAGAGCCGCCUCUGCAGUUUACUGGUAUUCAACUCACUGCUCCAGUUGAAAAAUAAGCCCUUUCACCUCAUGUGUAGUAACAGACAGAUAAAGAAUUUGAGCUAAUAUUUUAUUUUCACUCAAAAUAAAUGCGUCCUUCGGAACUACUUAUGUGUGCGUCUGCACUCUGAGAAACCUGGCUCCAACAGCACUACUCGUUGGUGUAAGGCGGUCGGCCGCGGCGUCACGUUCACACAGCGACACCAUUGGCUGGAAGGGGGUCCUUUAAGGGGGAAAGCCGCAUUUCUCUUGACUUGUAUCGGACUUUAAAGUGUGUAGAUAGGCAAACUGCUUGCUCGAGAGCUAUAAUGAAGGC